AUGAACAACCACAUCCCUGCACUCGAUUGUCCAGCAGUCGUCAAUGAUUUGGCUGAUCGUCUGGGCUCUCUAAGCCGUUUUCUCGACGGUAUCAAUGACCUUAUGAAAUUCAGUUCCUUAGGAGAUCACGAAUUGCAGCGCUACGGUCGAAAGAUCAUCGCUCUGACUGAAGGCGCACGUAUGACAUUGAGACGCGAGGGAGUGGCCCUGUACCUCUUCGUUCUUUGUUCAGAGGAACUUUUGCCGUACAAGUCGGCGUACUUCAGGUUUCUUCUUUGGAUCAGACGCCGCAGGCCCGCGUUUCCUGCCGACAUUGGGGAUCGAAUUACUUCUCUCUUGUCUGUUCUAAAGACUAAUUUCACUAUACGGUUCGGGGGAGUUGACACUCGUGCCCAACUGGGCAUCGAGGAGUUACUAGUGCCAAAUGACGCACUAACCCCUUGUGAAACCGCCAUCCAGGCUGCAGGACAUGCUGCUAUUGCGUUGUCGCCACGGAAAUCAUAUGCGGCGUCGGACGUUAUGUUACCACCGGAUGCUUUGGCGAAGAACAAGCGGAGAAUCCAGGAGCUCGCACGUUAUGUGAAGUCACCAGCUGCGAAUAUGCCCCCACCAGUUUCUCGGGAGUACCUGCCGAGCAAGAACUGGGAGGCUCCUCAGCUUCGAAGGCCAUUCGUUCGAACCAAAGCUAUACGCUGCGAGGUUGUCCCCGAGAAUCAAUCAUCGCUCGACGAUCUGUUCACCCUGGACUGAUUGCUACCACGUUGUAUUUCUAUUUCAUCAAAACCAAAACAUCAGUCCCCUUUCGU